AUGUUGCAGGGUGGAUUGUCAAGUGGCAAGGCUCCUUUCACAACAAGACAAUCACAAACUAAUCUGAUUGCGUUUCAUCAUGUAAUUGAUCAACUGCAAUGGCUAUCUGAUCUAGCAACCGACCAGAGCGGUUUGUCAGCUGGCAAAGCACCUGUGAUAUAUUAUGAUCGACAACGACUUUCCUACACCAUAGAUCCGACUAAGUGCCGCUACAAGUGCAUAUUCAAUAAUGAUAAAACACAAUUGGACAAGGGGGAUGUUGUGGUCUACACUGACAGAUUUUCCGCCAGGGAAGCACGUCAACUAAAGGAAAAAGGGGUUCUUAUCGUGUUCGAGUCAGGUGAAAGCCCCUGGCACAUGUCGUUUCUGGACCCUUCUCAAUUGAGUGAAGUCGACAUGUUUAACACUUAUCAGGCAACUUCACCUGUACCAUAUGUAUAUCCCAUGUUCGUCCGCAACACAAAACCCAAAUUGAAAUUCACCGACGAAGAGAAAGCUGCGAUGCUGGCAAAAGACAACACUUACCUGCUGCCUCACUAUCACAAGCAGAGAACAAAAUUAAUCGCCUGGGUGGUCUCCAAUCAUUCGCCACGAAACAACAGAAAGGAGUACGCAGCGGCAAUUUCAAAAUUCAUUCCAGUGGACAUAUACGGACGGCAAGGCAAGCGGUUUCCACCUGGUCAUGAUGGAUUUAAAUGGCUUUCCGAAAACUACAAGUUCUACUUGGCUUUCGAAAAUUCCAAUUGCAAAUAUUACAUAACGGAGAAAGCUACAGUAAAUGCUCUCAAUUUCGACAUAGUUCCCAUUGUCCUCGGAGCUUACAAGGCAGACUACGAAGAUACUCUACCGCCUCACUCCUACAUCAACGUGGAUGACUUCAAGUCCAUUCGCGAUUUGACUGACUACCUGCUCUACUUGGACAGAAAUGACACCGCCUACGCAGAGUACUUUGCCUGGAAGGAACACGGCAAAAUCUACACAAUAACCAGAUUGGAUUGUCGGCUUUGUGGCUUCGUGUACCAGCUGAACGAAGGCAAGGUCAAACUCGAGCCUCCAGAUUUCCGCAAAUUCGUUGAUCCACAAAGACUCUGCUUCGAACGACCGCUGUUGCCGCUGCAGUGA